AUGCUUUUCUUGACAAGUAUCGAUACUACUAUCGCAACUACUUCGGUGGUUGCAAUUACUCGCGAUCUUGGUGGUUUCGAAAUGAGUAGCUGGAUUUUGACGAGUUACCAGCUUGGCUAUGUGGCCGUCAUUGUUGUUUUCGCCAAAUUUAGCGAUAUUUUAGGACGCAAGUCUGUAUUUGUUUUCUGCAUCAUCAUGUUUACGGCCUUCUCUGCCGGAUGUGCUGCUUCACAGACUCUCGCACAACUUAUCAUUAUGCGUGCGUUCCAGGGUCUAGGCGGAGGGGGAUGCUUUGCACUGAGCGCAAUUUGUCUCAUCGAAUCCGUCCCUCAGUCCCGAUACGCUGACACUAUGGCUAAAAACGGUGUUUUCAUCAUCCUAGCUACAGUCUUGGGCCCAAUCCUCGGCGGCGUCAUUAGUGAGCACACAACGUGGCGUUGGAUCUUCAUCAUUAAGUAUGAUCAGCCGCCUAAACCUUCCCUCUUCUAUACCUUUGCGUUAACCACCGAUUCGUCCAGCGCCCCAAUUGGAUUGUUUGCUAUUGUGAUCGCGUUGAUUGGUAUUCCGAACGGAUACCCUCAUCAAGGCCGAAUGUUACAGAAACCUAUUGACUCUAAAUCCAAAAGAAUCUGGGCCCAGAUUGACCUACCGGGAUCGGCUUUGCUAAUCAUGGCGACUCUGUCGUUUACAGCAUGCUUCCAGGAAGCCGACUCGAGUGGAUUCGUGUUUGUCGGAGCGCCACUUGCUGUUGUGUAUUUCCUACUUCCGCAGCGUUUCCAGCUUGUAAAUGGUAUCUCCAGCCUUGACGCUGGCGUUAGGGUUCUUCCAUUCGGUAUCUCGUCAUCUGCUGGGGUGGUGCUGAGCGGCCGCAUAGCGAGCAAGGCCAAGGUCCCUGGAAUCUAUCUGGUUCUGAUUGGUGCUAUAUUGCAGGUUAUUGGCUUUGCUCUUCUCAGUACGCUGAGCAGUUCGGAGACAAUUGAACCUGCGAUAUACGGAUAUAUGGUUCUGCCUGGUUUGGGAACAGGGUUCUGCUACUCGACCAUGAUUAUCAUGAUACCGUUUGUAGCAAAGAAAUGCGAUGGAUCUGUGGCCAUUGGUGCUGCUAAUCAGUUUCGAACCAUGGGAGGGGCUAUCGGUUUGGCAAUUACAACGUCUAUCUUCAACGGCUACGUCGCAUCGCAGCUCUCGCACCUAGGUAUCGAAAUCUCCAUCACGGAACUCACCUCCACAGCAAAGGAUACCUUACCAGAAGGCCUCCAAACUGAGAUACGCAGCGUGCUGUCUGAUGCAUACAAUCGACAGAUGUUGGUACUAUGCGCGUUUGGAGCGGCUCAAGUGCCAGUCGCAUUAUUUCUCUGGAAACGGAAACAGAUUGUAACGGCAUGA